AGCAGGGGGCAGAAUGAGAGCGGCGGUAAGCGCACCGCCUCCCCACAGCUGCUACUCCCGCCGCCGCGCCACUCUACUGGACGCGCGCCAUGUGCUCGACCAUAUGCCGCAGAGGCGCGCGCCGCCCCGGGCCGCCGGCCUGCGCGCCCCGUCGGCGUCCGCAUCCGCAUCCGCGGCCACCCGGAGGCCGCCGCCGCAGCCGCGCGUGGCCGUGCGCGCCGCCGCCUGCCCCGCCGCUUCAGUUCAUUAUUUGUUCAGGACACUCCUUCCAAUUCCAACAGCCUUUCGCUCAACACCUCGUGUGCGCCUAAACUCACCUUCAUUCUUGCCAUCAAGACGAAAUUUUGAAGGCUAUAUUCCUCAGAGCUGCUCAGGUCCAUCAUUGCAGAUCUAUAGCCGGUCAUCCCUGCUAUCUCUCUCACCGUCUUCAGCUCUGAUGGUGUCCUCCCAGCUCUCCUCUUCUGACGUUGCUCAACGGUCAGAGGAAUGGUUUGCUCUCCGCAAGGACAAGCUCACCACAAGCACCUUCAGCACUGCCUUGGGCUUCUGGGCUGGCAAUAGGCGGUCAGAGCUGUGGAAUGAGAAAGUUUUUGGAUCAACAGAAAUCAAGUUGGAGGAUGCAGCGAGGUCUGCCAUGAACUGGGGUACGGUAAAUGAAAGUGUAGCUAUAGAGCAGUACACAAGCAUCACUGGACGCUUGGUAGGCUCCCUUGGCUUCGCAGUGCACACUGAGGCCAAUUCUGGGUGGCUCGGAGCUUCACCUGAUGGCGUUCUGGGGUGUGACCCAGACGGUGGGAUCCUAGAAGUCAAGUGUCCAUUCAACAAGGGUAAGCCUGAGCUCGCUCUGCCAUGGCGUGCUAUGCCAUACUACUACAUGCCGCAGGUGCAGGGCCUGAUGGAGAUAAUGGACAGAGACUGGGUCGAACUCUACUGUUGGACUCCCAACGGAAGCAGCCUGUUCCGAGUGCCCCGAGAUCGUGGGUACUGGGAGCUCAUCCAUGAAGUCCUUCGUGAUUUCUGGUGGGGGAAUGUGAUGCCAGCAAGGGAGCUGGUGCUGGUUGGUAAGGAGGCCGAAGCUAGAUCGUUUGAGCCACAGCCCAAGCACCGGCUGACAAACCUGGUGCUAUUUAAAAGCAGGAAGCUGGCUUCUGAAGCCAAGUUGUUGUGCAAGGAUAUUGGCGGCCAUGUAGAAUUCUUCCCAUGAGUUCUGCCAAUGGCUGUACAAGUGUAUUCUGAUUAUUCUUUCAAUCAAAAAUAUUGAAUGAUUAGUUCUCAAACCGUUGGUGUUUUACUGUGGUUGGAGCAUACAAAAUGCUCCGUGAUACGUCUUGUGAUAGUUCUACAUGUUCUUAGAUUUUCAUACUUGAAACAGGUGGCAAUGAAUUAGGCAGACAUGCCGAUUAGCCAAACAAAGGCGAAAAUACAGUUUGCUUUUCUUCCCUGUGGG